AUGUUCUCACAGUCUGCAUGGCUUAUUGCUCCUCUGAAGAGUCAAAUGGCCAUAUGUACCAGUUCUAGAUGCUGUCGUCUGGCCUUGAGUCCUGUUGCUGUCCAGCACUCGUUUAGGAGACUUUACUCUUCACCUUCUCCUCCACCUUCACCACAGCAGCAGCAUCAACAUCAACAACAACAACAGAAGAAGAAGAGAAGAGGAAAUAACCUGCUUCCUCUUCUACUUCUCGGCAUUGCUGCUGGUGGAUUGACAUAUUAUAAUUUGAAACAUGUCUCCAAGCCACCUAGAGCCUCUGUCGACCCUAUCAAAGUUCGUAAAGAACUCGAAUCCACUGAAAAACCACUUUUUCACCCGGGAGAAAUUGACGUCAUUUUCGUUCUUGGAGGACCCGGAGCUGGAAAGGGCACUCAGUGCCAAAAGUUAGUUGAUCAGUACCAUUUUGUUCACCUCAGUGCUGGAGACCUCUUAAGAGCUGAACAGAAGGAUCCUGAUUCUCAAUAUGGUGAAUUGAUCGCCGACUGUAUCAAGGAAGGUAUCAUUGUUCCUCAAGAGAUCACCAUAGCUCUUUUGAGAAAGGCUAUAGUGAAAAACUACAAUAGCACUGGGAAGACUCGGUUUUUAGUCGAUGGCUUCCCAAGAAAGAUGGAUCAAGCUUUAUCCUUUGAGGAUCAGGUGGCCCAGUCCAAAUUUGUACUCUUCUUCGAAUGCCCCGAGGAUGUGAUGCUUGAGAGAUUACUACAAAGAGGAAAGACAUCUGGCCGUUCCGAUGAUAAUAUCGAGUCGAUCAAAAAAAGAUUCAGAACUUUCCUUGAGACUAGUAUGCCUGUCAUUAACUACUAUGAGAAAAAGGGAAAGGUGGUGAAGGUGAACUGCGACCGGCCAGUAGAUGAAGUAUUUGAUCACGUGGUUUCUCAUCUCGAAAAGGAGGGUAUCUCCAAGAACUAA